CUGGAAAAAAAUAUUACCUGGAGUUAAUCAUUAACAUAAUUAAACACUUUAGUUCAAACCAGAACUGUCAGGAUCACGCAGACACGGAGGGAUUUUGUGGGGCUUUCAUAUUGCUUUGUGGGGCGAUACAAAGUCACAGAAGAAAUGAGGUGGGAGCAAGUCUGGAAUAUUUGGAAAGUAUCACGAUUUUGAGAAAAGACGGAUGGGUCAGGAGAAAUUCCUUGUGGUGAAACUCAGAUGCUCGGGGAGGGUGGGCUGCUGCUUAUAGUAUGGGAAAUGCUACAAGUGACGUGCAGACCAUGCAGUAACCAUGGCAGGAACCAGCUGGCCCUGAAUCUCUUCCUUUCACCUCCCAUUUUACAGAUGCUCUGCGGAUUCUUAAAUGAUCCACGGGAAUGCAGAUGUCUGAGUUGGUACUUUACAGCAGCAGCGUGAGCAGUCUCCAUCCAAUGGGCCCUUUGUAUAAAAAUAUAAAACAGCCCAGUGGAGUGAUUUGGGAAAGCAGGGAGAAUUCUGCACAAAGAACGAUGCCAAGCCUCUCAUCACUGAACUGAACAGGUCUUAGAGCAAGGGUCCUGCUGCAGCCCGGACCUACGGUGUGAUUUUAGUCGUGCAAAAGCUGUGGUUGGAAACACCCCACCCACGCGCUGGGAGGGUGGCGGUGGAGCUGGGCGAAGGUGGCACGGCUGAACCCAGCACCCCCAGCCUACCACCCAAAGCCGUGGAGAUCACACGUCACAGCUGCAGGCUGACCUGCAGGAGGAAGGUCUGAAAACCACCUCGACCGUCUGUGAGUUACAGCCAAGUAUGGAGGGGUGUGAAUUUUCUGGUUGGUGCUGAAGCUUUGUUGUUCGAGCUGUGGGUGCUGCGGCUUUGAAGUCCCCCACAGCAGUCAGACACUCUUCCCUCCCAGGUGAGCUGUCUGACCAAGUGAAAGCCAGAGCCCGGUGCUGAGCACUGGGAAUGGGAGAAGAGAUGUGCAAUGGGUACCGUGUGCCGGAGGUGGGAUGGCCGUGCAUCUCUCUCGUCCGUUGUGCAGGAUGAAUCGUGGAAGGAAUCCACGGGGCACAAGAAAUGGAGAAGGAUGGUGGCCCAAAUCCUGUGGUCCUGACCAAGGAAACCAGGACUCCAAGCCAAGAUCUCAGCAAUGAUCUGUUUGCAAAUGAAUUGAUAUUAAGAACAACAAUAGUUCUAAUUCUUCCAGCUCCUUGUUCUUUGUCCAGUUCAGAGCUUCCUAAAAUCCUCCUGAACUUCUCGGCACACUUCUGCUGCCCCAGCCUGCAAGCUGCUACCAGCACGCUUUGCUUGCAGCUCCCUGCUGAGCUCCCAGCCCCUUUGACCAUCAACCAUAUCCUAUCCUACCCACUGCAAGCGUGCUCAGUGCAACAGGAAGGAAGAGGAAGAGGGAGGAUAGUGUGAAAUCGCUCACCAUCAGCAGAGCACUGCUCUUGAAGGUGCAGGUUGGGGGAGCUUUGAAGCUCUUGGUGUUUUGCAGAGCUCCCUGCUACCCCGAAGGUGGUCAGUGCCCGUGAGAGUCCUUGAGGUCUGCGGCAUCUGAGGGUGAACUGCAGCAGGAAGUAGAAAAGCAAAGAGAGACACGGCAAAGGUGAGGGAGAGCUUAUCCGACAUGGUCCAUGCUCACAAACCAGCAGGUCCGUGCCCUCUGCCAGGCUUCUGGAGAGAUGGCUCCCUGGCAUCCUCAGUGCCCUUGCGAUAUCUGGGCUGCUUUCAGGUCCUUUGCUGCCACCAGUGCUUCCCUUCCAGCUGCCCUUCUUGUAGCAGUUGUGGGGACCAUUGCACAUCUCUGCCUGUCAGGUGGCAAAGAAGGAAGAUCCAGGGGAAGCUUCUGCCUCUCUGCCUGCGUGCAGGUUGCCCGUGCAUCCCUGUCAGGAGCCCUUUCUUUCUCCAUUUCAAUACCCUUUAUAUUUAUAUUCCAAUAAAUACCCAUUAUGUUUAUAUUCCAAUCAAUAUCUGUUAUAUUUAUAUUCCAAUAUCUGGCAAUAAACAUUUCCAAGAGGGAGGUACAGCUCCUCACCGUGGGAGGAAGCUGCUCUCUUGGGAAGCCCAUGGACCGAAUGGCACCGAAUGUUUUUACACCAACAGCCAGGGCUGGGCUCCCGUGCAAGAGGCUUGUUUCAGAGCACCACCCUUACCAACCUGUUGGUAGACUGACCUCCUCCCCGAGACGGUCUGCAUGCAAAUUCUGAGGUCAGCACAGACGCUCAGCUUGUCACGGAGACACCCUGCGUGCAGCCAAGGGGACGGGAUGUCUCCGCAGAGCUGCGCCGUUGUCUGCCUCAGCCUGAUGCUGGUGGGGCGAAACCUGGGCUUCCUCGUGGAAAUCCCGCAGGAUGCAGUCACUGGCACCGUGGGGCAGUCCGUGCUCCUGCCCGUCUCCUACAGAUUCAACAGCACCCCUCAUUUCCCACUGUCGAUUAUGUGGAUGUUUGUUCACCCCUCACAAAAAAUCAGCACUUGUGCUGUGCACAACUGCUCCCUGGAUGAUGGGGGGGCUCCCAAGAACUGCUCCACAAACUGUUACCCCUAUCCUACACACUGGGGCCGUGUUGAGCUCUUCCCCGAGAACGCAUCCCUGCUGCUGCGGGACCUGCAGCUCAGUGACAGCGGGGUGUACACCGUCAGCUUUGUACAGCAAAGACAAAGCAGGAACAUCACCCUGACCGUGCUCAAGCAGCCUGUCCCCACAGAUCCUACCAGCGAAGGCACUUCUCAACCAGCAGGAAGAAUAGCCACACGCAUCCCUUGCUGCAUCCUCGGAGGCUGCUACUGCUUCAUCCUGCUGCUCCUGCAGCUGCUCUUCCACCUGUGCUGGCUGCGGGGCAGCCGUGGGGAAGCCUGCGGCUGCUGCUGGGGAGAAGGGAGCCAGCGUGCGGGAGCAGCCAGGGCCGGGGCACAAUGAAGUGCCCAGAGUGGGGGCACAGGGGACACCCCACAGCCCCCUCUGUCCCCGCAGCCCCAAAGCGUGCAGGUGGCACAGGAAGGAGCCGGGGCUCGCCCGCCCGCCCGCAGCGAACCCCACGGCGCCGAGGGGCUGAGCGAGAGCCUCCGACUUCCUCCUGGCCCAGGCGAGCGCAGCAGCCGCAGGCGAUGUGUCCCGGCCGGCGCUGCUGGGGCCUCGGCUCCCUCCUGCUGCUGCUGCUGCUGCUCGGGCAAAACCUGGGCUUCCUCCUGGAAAUCCCGCAGGAUGCAGUCACUGGCACCGUGGGGCACUCCGUGCUCCUUCCCAUCUCCUACAGAUGCAACAGCACCUCUUGCUUCCCACUGUCAAUUAAGUGGCUGUUUGGUCACACCUCACAAAGAACCAUCUCCUGCACCGUGCAGAAGUGCUCUCUGGAUGAUGGGGGGGCUCCCAAGAACUGCUCCACAAACUGCUUCCCCCAUCCUGCACAUUGGGGCCGUGUUGUGCUCUUCCCCGAGAACGCAUCCCUGCUGCUAUGGGACCUGCGGCUCAGUGACAGCGGGGUGUACACCGUCAGCCUCCAGCACCAAAUACAAAUCAGGAACAUCACCCUGACCGUGCUCCAGCAGCCUGUCACCCCAGACCAUUCCAGCGAAGGGAGAAACCUGGGCUUCCUCGUGGAAAUCCCGCAGGAUGCAGUCACUGGCACCGUGGGGCAGUCCGUGCUCCUGCCCGUCUCCUACAGAUGCAACAGCACCUCUUGCUUCCCGGUGGCAAUUCAUUGGCUGUUUAGUCACCCCUUAGAAACAAUCAUUGCCUGCACAGUGCAGAACUGCUCCCUGGGUGAUGGGGGGUCUCCCAAGAACUGCUCCACAAAAUGGUACCCCUAUCCUACACAUCGGGGCCGUGUUGAGCUCUUCCCCGAGAACGCAUCCCUGCUGCUGCGGGACCUGCGGCUCAGUGACAGCGGGGUGUACACCGUCAGCUUCCAACAGCACCAAAGACAAAGCAGGCACAUCACCCUGACCGUGCUCCAGCAGCCUUUCCCCACAGAACCUUCCAGCAAAGGCACUUCUCAACCAGCAGGAAGAAUAGCCACACGCAUCCCUUGCUGCAUCCUCGGAGGCUGCUACUGCUUCAUCCUGCUGCUCCUGCAGCUGCUCUUCCACCUGUGCUGGCUGCGGGGCAGCCGUGGGGAAGCCUGCGGCUGCUGCUGGGGAGAAGGGAGCCAGCGUGCGGGAGCAGCCGGGGCCGGGGCACAAUGAAGUGCCCAGAGUGGGGGCACAGGGGACACCCCACAGCCCCCUCUGUCCCCGCAGCCCCAAAGCGUGCAGGUGGCACAGGAAGGAGCCGGGGCUCGCCCGCCCGCCCGCAGCGAACCCCACGGCGCCGAGGGGCUGAGCGAGAGCCUCCGACUUCCUCCUGGCCCAGGCGAGCGCAGCAGCCGCAGGCGAUGUGUCCCGGCCGGCGCUGCUGGGGCCUCGGCUCCCUCCUGCUGCUGCUGCUGCUGCUCGGGCAAAACCUGGGCUUCCUCCUGGAAAUCCCGCAGGAUGCAGUCACUGGCACCGUGGGGCAGUCCGUGCUCCUGCCCGUCUCCUACAGAUGCAACAGCACCUCUUGCUUCCCGGUGGCAAUUCAGUGGCUGUUUAGUC